CAGUUCACAUUCGUGCGGGACCCCCCGUCGGUGCUAUCGCUCAGUCGACCGUUGCUCGUUGCACCAAGUUGAUCAUCUACGGGGUUAAGCCCACACACAUCACGCUCUUUCAAUUAGUCAUACGUGUCUUCUCCAUUCGCCACCAGGAACCACGGUAAAACUUUCUUUAACUCAUCUCCAACAUCACCAGGACAUCACCAGGAUAUUAGCCAAUUUGUCUGAUUGGUUGAAUUCAUUUGAUUCAUUUGAUUUAUCUUGUACUUCUGAAUUCUUCUGGUUUCUAAUGAUUGCUCAACGUGUCAUGGAUAAUAAACUUGCGCUACCACUUCACCAGAUAGAACACAGUUGAGUUGUCGUCCGACAAUAAUUUUAAAAAAAUAUAUAAUCGGAGGGGAAAUAAAAUUAACGGUGAAAGAGACUUGGGUGCGACGCGUCGUCCUAACGACGUGAAAAGUGUUGCUCAAGGGGGGGGAGGUAAAAAUAAGUGAUACGUAAGUGGUGUGUGUUUAGUUAUUGUGAAAUCCAGACUGAAAGGGUCGACAUCCUCGGAUUAUCGAUAAAAAUUCAUGAUAAUUCGGUGAUACAUCCACGGAUAAUUGAGGAUAAAUGAUUAAACAAUGUGAUAUUGAGACGUGCUGGGAACUCAAUUAAGUUGACAAAUAUUUAUUUAAGAAUUGUACAUUGAUGUGGGUGUUGUGCACGUGGCGUUCAUAAUGUGGUCGAAUGGCUGAAUUAUCGGGUGUAAAGCGUGAUUAAGGACAAGAUUAAGAUGUAUCCCGCACCGGCCAGACACCCAGCCGCUGCCGGUGGCGGUGGAAGCGGCACGGCUGCGGGCGGUCUAAAGUUCACGGUUGCUGAUACUUGCGAAAGAAUCAAAGAGGAAUUCAAUUUCAUCCAGCAACAAUACCACUCGCUCAAACUUGAUUACGAGAAAUUGGUCAAUGAAAAGACUGAGGUGCAGAGGCACUACGUUAUGUACUACGAAAUGUCAUAUGGGCUCAACGUGGAGAUGCAUAAACAGACGGAGAUAGCGAAGCGGUUGAGUGUAAUAAUAUCACAACUGAUGCCUUGUUUAGCGCAGGAGCACCAGCAGCAAGUAGCCAAUGCUGUUGAGAGGGCCAAACAAGUCACCAUGAAUGAGCUCAAUGCUAUUCUUGGGCAACAGCAGCAGCAAGGUCUUCAGCACCUCUUGCAACAAAUUCACGCCCAGCAAUUACCUCACAGUGCUGUUGUUGGAAGUUUACCACCAGCAAGUCUAUUGGGCUUUGCUGGAGCAGCAGCAGCAGCUGGUGUACCACCUCAUCUUGCACCACCACCUCAUCCAGCUGCGGCUGCUGUGGCUGCCCAGGCACAGGCUCUCCUCAAGUCCUCGGAUCUUCAACAGCAUCGCGCAGCCACUGGUACACCAGAGGACCGAAAACCUAUAGCGAUACCUGAGGACAGGCUCAGGCGAUCUGUCUCACCCUCGGAAAAAUUCCGAUCGAGAACACCAGAGCUUGAGGGGGACAGCAAAAGAAGAAAAGAGGAUAAAUUACGCCAUGAGAGCGAUGGGGAGAAGAGUGAUCAGGAACUCGUUGUGGACGUCGCUAAUGAGGAGGCUUCAUCCCCCCACGCCAAUGGUGAACACUCGGAUCACCGGGAGAACGGUACAUUUGAGAAAAUUGGCCACCCUGGGGCAGUAUCGAGUGCAGCAGCUUCGAUUAAGGAGCGACCCCCCUCGCGAAGUGGAAGCUCAUCGGCUCGCAGCACACCCUCACUGAAAAGUAAAGAUAUCGACAAACCGAGUACACCGGUAGCGGCAGCGAGGGGAUCGCGCAGUUGUACACCAACUAUGGGUCCAAUCCCUGGUGCCUUGGGGUCCCGGGUCUAUCAUCUGCCAUCUUCGCAGCAAACAGCGCUGCAGGGCUAUCAGGGUUUGCAGUCCCGAGGCAAUGAGACACCUCAGUCUCCCUCUUCUUACAAUAGUUUAUCUUACUCAAGAUCGUUGCUGGGUUUUGAUGGUCACGUAAGGGUACCCUCGGCAAACGGUUUGAGCAAUAUUCCUGGUGGUAAACCUGCAUACUCCUUUCACAUGAACGGUGAAGGCCAGCUCCAACCAGUUCCUUUCCCAACGGACGCCCUGGUGGCACCUGGGAUUCCACGCCACGCACGUCAGAUGAAUACGCUGACCCACGGCGAAGUUGUCUGCGCCGUGACAAUAUCAAAUCCCACGAAGUACGUCUACACCGGUGGAAAAGGUUGUGUAAAGGUGUGGGACAUUGGCCAGGCUGGUGGAAGCACCAAGCCAGUGUCACAACUCGACUGUCUACAGCCAGACAAUUACAUACGAUCUGUCAAGCUGUUGCCCGAUGGAAGAACCCUCAUAGUAGGUGGUGAGGCCAGUCAGCUGAGCAUCUGGGAUCUCGCCAGUCCCACACCCAGGAUAAAGGCUGAGCUCACAUCAUCAGCACCUGCUUGCUACGCCCUCGCCAUCUCACCGGACUCCAAGGUGUGCUUUUCCUGCUGCAGCGAUGGAAAUAUCGCUGUCUGGGAUCUCCAGAAUCAGUCACUCGUCAGACAAUUCCAGGGACACACCGAUGGUGCCUCCUGCAUUGAUAUCUCAGCUGAUGGGGCUAAACUAUGGACUGGGGGACUUGAUAACACUGUCAGGUCGUGGGAUCUCAGGGAGGGAAGACAGCUGCAGCAGCAUGACUUUACCUCGCAGAUAUUUUCACUGGGGUAUUGCCCCACUGGCGAGUGGCUUGCUGUUGGCAUGGAGAACUCCAAUGUCGAGGUACUUCAUGCCAGUAAGAGUGAUAAGUAUCAGUUGCAUCUUCAUGAGUCUUGUGUGCUAUCGCUGAGAUUUGCAUCCUGUGGAAAAUGGUUCGUAUCAACUGGAAAGGAUAAUCUACUUAAUGCCUGGCGCACACCUUAUGGGGCAUCAAUAUUUCAGUCGAAAGAAUCUUCAUCAGUUCUCAGUUGUGAUAUUUCUGCUGAUGAUAAAUUCAUCGUGACAGGCUCUGGUGACAAAAAGGCAACAGUUUAUGAAGUGAUAUAUUAAUUAAGGAACUCUGUGGAGUGACAUUUGUACAAUUUUUUCACGUGUAUAUAGGAGAGCUGGUGAACAACGAAAGUGUGAUUAUGAUCCUUAGAUGCCUAGGUUGUAUCAUAGAGGUGAAUCGUGGGACAUUACCAACGACAUAAAGUAAUUUCAUUCCUAAGAAAGGCCAUUUGCCCCAUGUGCCACGUACUGUGUACAUUUAUUUUAAUUAGAGUACUUUAAUUUUCAGUUUAAUGCGUGCAUUGUGUAAUUAUGCUUGUGGACGAUCUCUCAUGUACAAAUCUGAUGUUUUAUUAGUCGAAGGAGUUACUGCUGAGUUUAGUAAUUUGGCACUUUAUUUUUUCUUCAAUCUAGUUUUGCAUUUUAUUCUUCACCGUUUGACCAUUCGAAAAAUUUAAUUGACAAAAUGGGUGUUGACAAGAUUUAAAAUUUUGCAUACCAGUUUGAAAGAUCACUUGUAAAUACCGACAAUUUGGAUUAUCAGUUGAAUUUUUCAUCAUAUUACUACGAACUUCAGAGUAUACUAUCGAAUUUGUGAUAAAAAAGAAAAGUGGAAUAGCUAUUAUGAAAGUGGAAUAUGCGAGGGAAUUACAAAAUGUUUGAUAUUUAUUUAUCGUUUUUUUAUUCAUCGAAAGAUUCAAUAAUUCUUGAUCUUCAUCUAUCA